AUGGUUUAAGAGAUAAAACAACUAACGAAAAGAGUUUUGGCAACAGCUUCAUAACUGAUAACCCAUUCUGAAAAUAAAUGUUCAGUUUGGUCAAAGGCAUAAAGAUGAACAAGAAAAAUUAGAUAAAAAUGAGGAAGAAUGAAAAUAUGUUAGAGAAAAGAAGAAGUUAGAGACAUUGUGUUAUGUGAAACUGUGUCUAUACGUCCCACUCUCCAUCCCCGUUGUCGCUCUCCAGUCAGAAGGUAAAAUAUGGCGAGAUUUGUCCAUGGAGAGCAAUCUGAGUUCACUGUGGACUAUGUAAAUCAACCUGAUGCACCAGCAAGAAGUUCUGGCCAGGACAGGCGAGUGACUGCUGCUGUGCCUGGAAGAAAACUGUGUGGACUGGUUGCUGUGAGCUUUGGACUCCUGUGUGUCCUACAAGCUGCUCUCAACAUUUCCCCACGCCUCUACACUUCUGACAGUAAAACAGAAGCUAGAGAGGUCUGUUGCACAAACCAGACUUCUGAGCAGAAGAGAGAACUGCUUAACUUUGAUCACUAUUUCCAACAAGGAUGGGUGUAUUUCCGUCCCAGUUUCUAUUACAUUUCUUCCGAGAAGAAAUCGUGGCAGGACAGUAGAGCUGACUGUCAGCAGAGAAGUGCAGACCUGGUGAUUAUCAACAGUAAAGAAGAGCAGGAUUUCACAAGAAAAUUCCACAAGAUCACAUGGAUUGGACUAACUGACAGAGAAACCAAAGGGACGUGGAAAUGGGUGGAUGGCACUCUGCUGACCAAAAGUUUCAGCUACUGGAAUCAUGGGGAGCCAAACGAUUUUGAAGGCAAAAAUGAAGACUGUGUAGAAAUAAGGUUCCAUGACUUGGAGAACAGUUGGAAUGAUAUACCAUGUGGAGAUCAAAACUUCUGGAUCUGUGAAAAAAGGAUCGCUUUAUAAGUCACCAUAUAAAACCAUGAAACUGUGUCUAAAUGUAACACAUUGAUGACACUUUCACUCACAAUUGCGCAUCACCAAAUAAACUGUGUAAGAUAUCUUAACAGUCACACAGAAAAGGAAACUGGUACUGAGCAACUUGGUACCAUCACUGCAACUGAGAAGCAUGUGUCAGACUAAAUCUGACUAAAGACCAAAAAGACAGAAAUUCGCAUACAUUUUGUAGAUCAGAUUUCAAAAUAGGAAAACUACAGACCAAUAAAGGCUCCCAUGAAAAUGCCUCCAAUGCAAAAACAACAAAAAGUGAUCAAAAUUAACUGUAGUUAACAAAUGCAGCUCAGAUUGACAUUUUACAGAUGGACUCCAAAAAACACACAAUCAGUGAAAGUGUAAUUAAACACGUUUUUUUUUAAAUAUAUAGAACACAAUUCACCUUAUUUUUAAUUCCCACUUUAUCACAGCUCACUCUAAAAAACUGUGUGUUUGUAAAUUUUAUAAUAUAUGCGACAGGUGUGCAUGUUACAUUUUUGUUUAUAAAUAUCAGAUGAAGAUUAGUUAAUUAGUAGGAAAUGGUGUUAUUUUGUCCUGUAUGUACAUCUGGUACGUCUGUAGAAGUAGGCCUGAGUAUAUGUCAGCUUAGAUGAAAUCACCCUAUAUGCACAACUGUUAAACUGUUGUUUUUUGCUCCUGUACUCAAAAUGAACUUGUCGAGAGAAAUAGA